CACAGCCACGACCGCGCCUCGUAUUCCCACGCAAGCAGGCACACCACUUUCCGUCGCAAGCGUGCUGGACAUCCGCCAUGACACACAAACGAUGACGCUCCUCUCUUAACCGCCGGCGCACACACCCAUCCAUCCUCCCCUCCCACCGCCAUGCCCUCGCGCCCUCCCUCCACCACCUCCGACCGCAAGCGCAGCUCCUCCGCCACCAGUAGCAAAGAUGGGCUGGACAAAGUCGAACUUAGCGAUCUCGACUCGAGCCCGCCGCCCCCGCUGGCAGUCGAGCAGGAUUUGAUGCAACUGGCGAGGCUUGGGGAGUUGCGCGGCGUCCAAAAACUAUUCGAUAGUGGGAAGUUCACCGCGCGAUCGAAGGAUGAGCAGGGGAUCACCGCGCUACACUGGGCCGCUAUCAACGGACACUAUGCUCUGUGCCACUUCCUCAUCCAGUCUGGCGCGGAUGUGAAUGCAAAGGGAGGCGACGCUGAUGCCACUCCCGUGCUGUGGGCGAGCAAGAGGUGCAACCUCAAGAUCGUUUCAUUGUUACUCGCCCACGGCGCAGACCCGCUCUUGCGGGAUGAUCAAGGAUACAAUCUGCUGCAUUCGGCGACGCUCGAUGGGAACGUGUUCCAGCUGGUGAUGCUACUACAUCACCCCGACAUUCCCAUCGAUGUGCCGGAUGCACAAGGACAUACCGCGUUGAUGUGGGCGGCGUACAAGGGGUUCGGGGCGUGUGUGGAUAUUCUGUUGCGGUGGGGCGCGAGCGUGCAUGCGGUCGAUGACAUGGGCUUUACGGCGCUCCACUGGGCGCUUGUCAAGGGCAAUUACAUGUGCAUUCAGAAAAUGGUGGAGUUCGACAGUGACCGAUUUGCACGGAGUAAGCCGCCGGAAGGACAGACCGAGGGCGACACACCCGCCAUGACAGCGUCGAAGAUGAAGUCAGAACGGCAGUGGCAUCGAGCGCUGAUAGAUUCGGGCUACGAUGAGGCUGGCAAUCCGCUGAGCUUCCCCAUUCCCUUCGUCAAGAACCGCCGAUGGUUCUACAACCGCUUUUUCUUCCUCUGGCCUUUCGCCCUCGGUGGCCUGCAGCUGUACAUGCUGGCACACAUGCUGGUCUGGAUCGCUGUACCGGGCGUACUACUGGUGGGCUACGGACUCCAAUAUCUCGUGCAGAAACUCCUCCGCUGGGCGCCGCCGGAUAUGAAGCACAUGCACCGCACCCCCUUCCUCGCCGGCAUCUUCGCCGCCUCCUUGUUCUGGGUCGGCGUGCGCUACUUUCUCGACAUUCUUCCCUGGACCUUUCGGUCCCAUACAAUCCUCAACCUUGCAUUCCUCACCUCCUUCAGCCUGUGCACAUACUUUUACGCCCUCACAAUGACUGCCGAUCCGGGUUACAUCCCAAAGGGCCUCAGCCGUGGGGCCACGAAAAAGACAAUCGACGAGCUGGUGGAGCACGAUGCUUUUAAUGAGACGCAUUUCUGCACGGCGUGCAUGAUACGGAAGCCGCUGCGCAGUAAGCACUGCAAACGGUGUGGCCGGUGUGUAGCGAAAGAAGAUCACCACUGCCCGUGGGUCGACAACUGCAUUGCAGUCAACAACCACAAGCACUUCCUGCUCUACGUGAUCUUCCUAAUUGCCGGGCUGGGCUUGCUGAUCCGACUUACUUAUGUUUACAUUGAAAUCCUCCCCAAUCCUUCAGAAACCCACUGCUCCAUUCUUAAAGACAAGAUCUGCGAAGCCUUCUCGCGAGAUCCCCUCACGAUCAUCACCACAGGAUGGGGCGCCUUGCAGCUCACCUGGACCUUUAUGCUGAUCUUCGUCCACCUGACGCAAGUCGCGCGAGCCAUCACCACGCUAGAAACGAUGAAAGGCCAGCACAGAGCCGGACCACUGGUAACAGCCAUCACAACCGGCGCCGUCUCCGCCGAAGGCGGGCAAGUCAACGCCUCCGGCUCCGGGCCCGACGCCAUCGACCACGACAGCGGCGACGGCAAACACUCGCACGCCCACAAGAAGAAAGAAGGCUGUCUCUCGCAAUGGUACAAGAUUUUGGGGAUCGACACUUUCCUCACCGUCGCUUUUCAGGGCUACAAAGGCGCGAAGAACAAGGAUGCAUCCGCCUCGAGAAGAAAAGAGGGAAAUCCCUUUUCGCGCGGCAUUUUCCGCAAUUGUCAGGACUUCUGGAUGGAUGGGCCGAUAUUUGGUCGCAAGGAGAGCGGAAAGGCGUUGUUGGGUGGUGAGCUUAUUGAUUAUACUGCUGUGUAUGAUGUCCCGAGGGGUGGAGGCAUGCGGUAUCGGGGGGCUUACGAGGCUGUGCCUCAGGCUGAAGAAGGGGAGGCUUGAUAGGUUGAUAGCUUCGCUCAACCUCGUUUCAAGACUUCCACGAGGUCCUGUCGAGCAAUUCAUGUGUCACCCACGUUGUGAACUUCCAAGUGUAGACGCCAUAAGACGAUGUGCGUGCAUGGGACAGAGUGCAGAUGUGGUGCAGCCUGAGGAACACACGCACGGGCCGCCCGCAGUAGCUCCAGCUCCCGCCCACCUUGCCGUCACUUCCUUAUGAAC